UGUCGUUCCGUGCUGAGAGAGAGAGUCAUGUCUGAGACCGCUCCCGCCGCUUCGGCGACAGCUUCGGCUGCCGCCUCGGCCCCAGUGGCCGCGCCGAAAGCGCCGGCGAAGAAGGCGAAGAAAGCGGCCGCCAAGCCGCGCAAGGCUUCGGGCCCCAGCGUCACCGAGCUGCUCACCAAGGCGGUGUCGGCCUCCAAGGAGCGCAAAGGCGUCUCUCUGGCGGCGCUGAAGAAGGCCUUGGCGGCCGGCGGGUAUGACGUGGAGAAGAACAACAGCCGCAUCAAGCUGGGCCUCAAGAGCCUGGUGAGCAAGGGCACGCUGGUGCACACCAAAGGCAUCGGCGCCUCGGGCUCCUUCAAGAUCGGGAAGAAAGCCGAGGGCGGCGCGAAGGAGAAGGCGGCGGCGCCCAAGAGGAAGGCCCCCGCCAAGGCCAAGGCCGCCCGGAAGCCCGCCGCCAAGGCCAAGAAGCCCAAGAAGGCCGCCUCCGCCUCCAAGAGCCCUAAGAAGAGCCCCAAGAAGCCCAAGAAGCCCGCCGCCAAGAAGGCCGCCGCCGCUAAGAGCCCCAAGAAGGCCAAGCCUGUCAAGCCCAAGAAGGUGGCCAAGAGCCCCGCCAAGGCCCGGCCAGCCAAGCCCAAGGCGGCCAAGCCCAAGGCGGCGGGGAAGGCCAAGGCGGCCGGCGGGAAGGGCCAAGGCAAGCGGGCGGCGCCCAAGAGGAAGUAGACCCUCUCGCCUGCCUGCCUUCCUUCCUUCCUUCUGCCGCUCCCACCAAAACCCAAAGGCUCUUUUAAGAGCCACCCACUCCCUCAGGAAAAGAGCUGUUCUCCCUUUUCCGGGUGCCCACUGGGCAACAUCCAUUCCAAAUCCGAGCACUUAGACCAGGCAUGAGGCUGUUAAGAAUGGUGAGAGCUGAAGUCCAAAACUCCUAGAGCAGUGGUUCUCAACCUGGAAUCUCCAGAUGCUUUUGGUCUACAGCUCUCAGAAAUCCCAUCCAGUUUACCAGCUGUUAGGAUUUCUGGGAGCUGAAGGCCAAAAACAUUUGGGGACCCCAGGUUGAGAACCACUGGCCUACAGGCAAGGCCAUAGCCAGAAACAAAAUUUCAGGGGGGAUUUAAACUUUUUUUAAAGCGAAUCAUGAAGAAUAGUUCCAUAAGGCAAAAUAAUUUAGAUAUCGGGCUCCAUUGAUAAACUUCAGUGGACACUCAAGGCAGAUAAACUCCAGUGUACAUUUGUGGGGAUUUGGUUAACCAGUUUAAAUUAAUGAGUAAACCAAGCUUUUUAAAAACUUGAACAAUUUCAGGAGGGGGGGUUGGACCCCUAACACUCCCCCCCCCCCCACUACAGCCCUGAGACCAGGUAUGGGCAAACUAUGGCAGGCAUCCUCAGAGGUUGUGAGGUGUUGGAAACUAGGCAAGUGGGGUUUAUAUAUCUGGGGAAUGUCCAGGGUGGGAGAAAGAAUUCUGUUUGAGGUGGGUGUGAAUGUUUCAGUUUGCUGCCUUGAUUAGCAUUGAAUAGCUUUUCAGCUUCAAGGUCUGGCUGCUUACUGCCUUGGGGGAAUCCUUUGUUGGUAAGUGUUAGCUGGUCCAGUGCAGGAACAACUAUCAUGUCAGAUGACACAGAGAAG